GGAGCAGAUGAGACCCUAAAGAUAAAAAUCUUGCAGGACAUUCUGAAACUGACCAAGGAAGCUUGGGAUACCCCCGUGUACGGUCGUGACCUGGCCUACAGCCUUUGUGACAUCAUCCGCAUGGAGGGCUUAUUGGAUCAGCUGAUUGUCAACUGCUCCACCACAAACAGGGAGCUGCUCCUGGCAUCAGCCAACCUUCUAGAACAAGUAACCUGGCAUUAACUUCAACACUAUUUAAAACUGUAAAUUUGUAAAAACCCUUUGUGGCAAUAACAUUUUAUGCUCUUUGUCUUCUUCCAGUGUGUUAUUGGUGUCAGCUUAUUGCUAGAACUCAUUUCGGGCUAUUGCCUAGUGACCAACGGAUGAGUUUGAAAAUUUUGGACUUUACUUAUUUUUCUUCUUUUACUUAGAUAUUAAAUGCACUGAUCAUGUGGCCCUAUUUCAGAGUUGCCUGUACUUAUUAGCAGUAAUAGUGACAACACAUUGAUCAUAUAGAUAAUUAUAUAUGUGGGUUAAAUGUUGGCUCCCCGGGAUGCAUGUCAGUUUUCGUUCGUCAUUUGCACGUGAAGAUGACUUGAGUAGUAGCCUUGACUUGAGUUGUAUUUAGUUUAAAGUGAGGGAGAGUUGCUCAGUUCUUCAGCCUCACUCUCUCGUCCUUGCUUAUUUGAUCCAGUAGCAAGACUUGGUCAAUAUGGCUGGAAAAUGACCAUGAUGCAGUAAAUGACCUGCAGCCUGUGUGUGUGUUUCACUGUGCUCUUUAUGCAUUCUAUGUCGCAGGAGUCGUCAUAAUUUUCAUUGUGUCAAUGCCAUGAUGUCAAUGGAACUCCAUCUCCAUACUUGUCUUAGAUGAGUUGUCGUCCAAGGUUAAAGCGCCCUGUCCACCCAGGCUGCUGGUGAUGACUUUGCUGGUCUGGAGACUGUCUCAGUUUAGACCGCGCAGUCACCCAGCACCCAAUCUAUGUAACACAAGGAACACUAACUGGAAUGUUACAACAGUAUUGGAACAAUUUAUAUAAUGUUGUUUGUUCAUAUUUUAGCUGAUGGUGUCCUUUUCCUAGUUUUAAAAUAACUAUUGAUUUUUUUUUUUUGUUCAGGUGAUGUCCACGAGGAACAGAGAGAGAGUGGCCAAAGAUGGUCUGGAGGCUGUUGUGAAAAUGACAAGAGAUUAUGCUGGUGACCUAGAAAUGGCUAAAGCUGCCACAGGUGUGUGGGACACUUUACACAUAACAUGUAGAUUAAUAGAUUGCCUAUUGUUGGCUGGGUAAUUUAAAAUUCAUUAGUGCACCAACACAAUCUUACUAAGACCAGUCUGAUAUUCUCACUGUUUAAUUUUUAAAUGAUAAUGAAAUAAGGACUGUUUUAAAGCUUUGUGAAAGAAAUAGAAGUACCCAAGUUUUUUUAAACUACUUUCUAUUUCUCAUUGUUUCUCCUGUCCUGUCUGCUGAGUAAGGCUCUUAGCCAAAAUGUUCUUCUUUUACUGUCUUGUCUUUCUAUUUCAAGAUUCCACAUACCUUCUUCUACUAUUUCCUGCAAAUUAUAAAUUCUGAAAUUUUGCACCACAUAACCACUCAAAUUAAAAUUAAAGAAAGACAAGUUGUUAAAGUAUUGACUUUUAUUUAUACAUUUUCACAAAAAAUGUUCAUUCACAAGUGGGAAGAAAAAGAAUUCAUUUUAUUCCAUGUCAAAAGUUUGCGAUCUGAAUUUUUCGCCCCUGAAACCCUCAAAAGCUUUUUGUUUCUCUCUUCUAGAUUUCAUAGUUCAUGAAAUCUGAAGACAUGCGGUGCAUGACACCUACACUUUGAAGUUGGUGUCUUGCAGACUCUUCUUUCUUUCCUGUGCGAUGUUUGGGCUUUCUGCUUGUUUUUUUUUUCAUUUUCCCUGAGCUGCCCAUCUGAUUGCUUAUGAACUGUGUUUGGUGGCAUUCUAGUAACAUAACACAAGCCAUCUCCAGGGAUAUGCUUGGAUGGUUUUUGCAAUGUUUGUCACUUUUGAUGGAUGUCUCAGUUCUUUCUUUUUUUUUUUUUUUUUAAAUACUCUUAGAUCAAAGUGGAUGCUAUGGGUUCUUCACAGGCAUUAGGUCUUGAAAGCUUCCAGCUUCUGCUUUAACAUGGUAGUGGUCUUCCAGUGCUUUGAUUCAUAGAGGAAAACACUCUUUUACUUUAAAUAAAAAACUGGUCUUACUGUGAAAUUCUUAGGUUUCUCAAACUCUUUCACAUCUUCCUUUAUGUGGAUGUAAAUAUUGAUUGUGUCCAUCACGCUGUUAUUUGUUUCCUCCACACCUGUGUUCUCUUGUUGUUGACCUUAGCCUCUGAUACUGACAAUUUCAGCUAGAUUCUUUGUUUUGUCGUGGGUUACUUGGUUUUGCUUGCUGUACAACAUUCCCAUGAAAUCAGUGCAAAGCAUAUUCUCAAGCUCCGAGUUCAGUGUCCAUUGUAUUCCAUGCCUAUCUCCAUCUGUCCUGUGAGCCAAUCAGAUGUUAGCGUGGAAAGAAUCAGUGAGUGAGAGAAUGCCACCCUGCUUCAUUACAGUCUCAGCUUUGAAAGGUUCCGUCAGGUGGCCAAUAUGGAGACCUGUUCAUUCAAACUUCCCAUAGAGUAUUUUGAUUAGUUUUUGGGGAAUGCCGUAGCAUCUCAGAAUCUUUCAAAGUGACUCUGUGUGCAGGCUGUCAGACAUAUUCUCCAAUCAACACAGACUAUAUAGCAGAGCUGCAUUCCUUCAAGUCUCCUUUAGAAUAUGCCUUGGGACAAAGAUGUGAUAAAAUAGUCUUACAUUACUGAUCUGUGUUAAAAUUUGAUAGGUGAAGUUAGGGACCUUGGUUCAAAAUGGCCUCAAAAAUGAUAAAAACAAUUUUCUGGUCAAUUUGAAUAAAAGGGUAUUUGAUUAUUUUUUUUAAAACUUAUGUUAAUGCUACAACUUUCAUAGUACUUUGUAUAAUUUAGGCAGUUGCACAAUUGGACAAGCAUGCUCAGGUUCUUACAUGGUCCAUUCAGUAAUAUCCACCAUAUUCAUACUUAAUCUAUUAAAUACUUUUUCUUUUUCAUACUUUUUCUAUUACAUACUUGUUCUAUUUCAUACUUUUUCUAUUUCAUACUUUUUCUAUUACUAGCCAGCUGAAAGCUUUGUAUUGAUAAAAGAUAAUGGCAGCAAGAAUUACAUUUUAGGUAUCUUGGAGAACAUGUUUAAGUUAUCAGAAGAAACCUGUACUAAGGUGAUCAACCUGGGGGGCCUGGAUGUCAUCUUGAGGUGGUGUCGCUGCGGGACAGAUUACUCCAUACUCAGACGUUGUGCCAAGGCCCUGGCUAACCUCUCACUCUUUGGUGGGGCAGAGAACCAGGAGAUUAUGUCAAAACACAAGGUGGGCUCAAAAUUGAGGGUUGUACCAUAGGUGACUUCACAAAUAAGGGAUUAUGCUAUAGAAGGGGUUACAAAUGGGGGUUAUACUAUAGCUGGGGUCACAAAAGUGGGGUUAAGUUUCUGGUAGAUUUACUAAUGGCAUUCAUAUGUCAGGGUCAGAUAGGUGAAUGGGUAUUUUGUGUCAGAUGAAUGGUGAGCUGAUAUUUUGGUGUUGUGACCUACCCAUGACAUUGGUAUAAUCCACGUUAUCUUUUUAUCCAUUUUUCCUAUUUUCUCUUAAAGGUACCAGAGUGGUUAUUCCCCCUUGCCUUCAGUGAUGACAACAGUAUUCGUUAUUAUGCCUGUUUGGCCAUCUCUGCUCUUGUUGCUAACAAAGAAUUGGAAGCCUCUGUCAUAAAAUCUGGCACACUUGAUUUGGUGAGUGACUUGAUGUGCGAAAUUUACUAAUUAACUAAAACUAUUGAGUCAUAUGAAAAUCACGAAGAUCAUGAAGGAAAAAUGUAAUAAGAAAAUAUUAAUUUCAGUAUUUAUUAAGAAUCUUAAUGCUUUAGAACUGGAUUAGAUAAAUGAGCAUAGACUAUCAACUGGUAAUCAAGGGAUGCGUAAUUAUUCAUGAAUAGAAGAGUGGAAAUAAACUUUGAAAAAACAUUAACAUGACAAACACAUAUCUUCAGACAAAUAUGUACACCACAAACAUCAGCUCAGUGGUUCUCAACCUUCCUAAUGCUGCAAACCUUUAAUACAGUUCCUCGUGUUGUGGUGACCCCCAAUCAUAACAUUAUUUUUGUUGUUGCUUCAUAAAUAUGUGUUUUCUCAUGGUCUUAGGCGACCCCUGUGUAAGGGUCGUUCGACCCCCCCAAAGGGGUCGCGACCCACAGGUUGAGAACCGCUGAUCUAAGUACUUGGUUAUGAUCUCUGCCUGGAAAACUAUUAACGCAAAGAAUUAAAAUUUUAGAGCCAUUUUUGUAUAAUAAUAUUUUUAUAAUGGGUUACUUUAUUUCAAAUGAUGGAUUCUAAAUAGCAUACAAUGUCAGUUCAGAAAAAAAUUUACCACCUAGCCACAGUGUAAUAAUUAAUGUGGUAAGGGGAAAUUUGAGUGUGUGUAGAAAGGUUUUCAAUGAGCUAAAUAUUUGCUUGAACCAGCUCUCUUGAUAUUUUUAAUUGUAAAUUCACAUUUAGUUCGAAAACAAACAUGAAGCACAGGGCAGUUAUGAAAAUAAAUAUAAAUAUCUCAAAAUGUAACUUUUAAAAUUGCAUAACGCUGGUAAUUUUAAAAUUGCACAAUGCUAAUAUUUAAAAAAUUGCAUAAUGCUUGUAAUUUUAAAAUUACAUAUUGCUGGUAAUUUUAAAUUUGCAUAAUGCUGGUAUGCUCUGUUACUAUUUAGUAAACUUCAUUGUGUGUUUGUGUCAAUAUCUGGGUAGGGCCUUUCUUUUUUAAUAUAGUAGGAGUAUGUUUUAAAUCAUUUACAGUCUUAAAAAACUAUAAGAUUGUCAAAAUGGGAAAGUUAUUCUUAGCUGUGUGCAGUUUCAGACAUUCUUUUCAAAAUAUACUGAAAAUAAUCAUUUGCUAUGUUUAUUUCACCAGGUUCUUCCAUUCAUCAAUUCCAACAAGCCGUCACAAUUUGCCCAGAGUGACGUAACCCACAAACAAGGCCGUGAUAAAAUCUGGCUCAAGCGCCUGAUACCACUCCUGUUCUCACGUAGACAUGAGGCCCAGGCACUGGCAGCCUUUCAUUUUGCCAUGGAGGCGACCAUCAAGGCUGAACAGGGCAGGCAAGAGGUUGGUACACAAGCGAGAAAGGCAAUUGUCAAGUAGUGGAGGAAAAAUUAAGUCAGAUGCAAUUCACGCUGCAGAAUAGUUCAAUGUAGCUAACACAAGGAGAUACAACACUCUUCAUGUUAUUGGACCUGUAUGUUUUAUGUGUUACGUGAUCCUCGCCUGUUAUAAAAUUGUUAAUGUCAGUUUAAAGAAUCGCUAACAAAUGAUAGACGAGCCAAUAAAAAAAUUAACAUUUGCUUUAGUUCUCUCAUUAUAACAAAAUAUGUCUUUUAGUGCUAUCAAUGAGAAAAUAGCUGAAUAACGAUAAAUUUAGUAGUCUAGAUUUGUAAAAACAUGGGGGUCUUCAUGUAGAACUCCCAUAGUUAAAGCUGCUUACAGUUCCCUCGGAUGUAGUUGACUUUCAGUCAAGAGCAGUCUUAAUAAGUUGUAAGUUGUCUCCUCGAAAACUUCAACAGAUUGAUCUUUAUCAAUUGUUUAUUUUUUUGUGUAAGGAAAUCAUCAUAGCAACAUUUUUUGAUGGCAUCAAAGAAGGAUAUCAAGUAUCGGUUUGUUUCUUUUUCUUUCCUCUGGUUGUUAAAGAAAUUAUUUUUAUUGGAUUUUGAAAUACAUUUUAGAAUAAAUUCACCUCUAUUCAUUGUAAUGAACUAUUAUUCUCUACCAUUCUCCCCUGUUUGUUUGAGUUAUUUGCCGAGUUGAGUUUUGACCAAGUAGUGAAGAAAUUCAUUGAUUCUUGUUUGAGCUUUUUCAUUCACUGUUGUAUUUUAAUAAUAGUAAUUCUUUACUCUGUGCUGCUGACCAGUAGAGGCAGCUUGAAAUUAAAAGUUCAUCUUGAUUAAUUUAAGAAUUCCUACAAGCUGUAGCAUCCUGUGGUGGUGACAUUGGAACAUAACAUUGGAGUACUGACACUAUAUGAAGUUUUAUGGCUGGUUACAAACAUAAUAAUAUUAAUUGUAAAAUUUUUUAUAUCAUACGUGGUUAAAAAUAACAUUUGACUAUGGGGGCCAUUAAUGCCGUAUGCAUGCACAAAAUCUCUAUAUUCACUCCCAACCCACCUCUCCAUGUUCUUUCCCUUUCAGGAAAAAUUUCCUUAUUUUUAUUGAAAUUAUGACACAGAUUUGUUAAGAUUCUAAGUAUGUCAUAUUUUUGCAUACAUAAUCGUGUGUCAAGACCCUUCCCAUGUCACCCCUUCUACCCCACCUCACUGAGUUCGUAAUUCGUAGACCUAGCCCCUAAACAGACCUUUUUACUGAUGAUUGUUUUAACCCUAACUAAUCCAUUCAUUUUCAAUGUAUGGUAAGAUAUAAUUUGCUUAAAUAUCAUGAGGUUAUUGCUAGAUUAGGUUGAAAAGGUUGCUAAGUUUUGGUGACAGAGUAACCCAUAUUUAUGGAUUGGCUUCAGCUAGACAUGGUCUUCUGCUGAACCUGGUCUUCUUUAUCAAUUUCAGCAUGAGAGGCUUCAAAUGAUUCUAUUACACUAAAAAGUAUUUCAUACUAGAAUAUAUCACCUGGUGUCACUGGGGUAAAAAUGGAAGGCAUGUUGUGCUGUAUGCUACCCUCUAUUGCAAAGUUGUAAAAUCGGAUAAUUUUUAUGUAUGUAACUGGGUCUUGAGAUAUUGUAUCCUCAAAAAAAAAAAAAAUCACGAAACUUGUCCAUGCCCUUGAAAUGUAUAUUUAGUAAAUAUUAAACCACACUUUCCCUUUCAUAAAGAAGUAUAUAUAUACUUUUUCUAGUAUCACUGUGUUUUCAGAAAUGUUUAUCCUUGAAUAUAAGCGCAUCCAACUUUUUUCACGCCUUUGAACUACAAAGAAAAUUAUUAUUUUAUUAAUGUUAUUUAUAAUUUGUAAUAAAAAUGCUUACAUAUUAAAGAUUAUUUAUUCUUCAUAAACACAGAUAUAUUUUAUCAUAUUUAAAUUGACUUGCUUUCCAAAAAAUAAUAGAAAAUGGCUAUCAUUGUCUUAGAAAAUCCAAGCGUAACACAUCAACAUUGCUCAUUCUUAUAUAUAUGAUUCAUAUAUAUAUAUAUAUAAAUUUAGCCAGAUUAGUCUCAGAUGCCCUAAGAUUAACAAAAACUGGCCAUCAAGUUAAUCUAGAAAACUUGUUAUUCUUUUUUUUCUUUUUAACAAAUAGGCAUUUUUAAAUGUUAAAAUCUCUUUGAUAUGGGCAAAUAAAUUAUAUAAAAACUGAAAGUGUUCGACUAUGUCAGAAUAUUUCUUUACUAAGGUAGCAAAUGAAACUUUCCCCCAGAUUUUUCAUGAGAUUGAUGCAGUGGAGCCCCUCAAGAAGAUAGCUGGCAGCCCAAACACCGUGGCAUCCAAGCUGGCAGCUGAGGCGCUCAAGAUCAUUGGUGAGAAAAUACCCCACAAAUUGUCCCAGCAGGUUCCACUGUGGACAGUGGAUGAUGUUGUGUACUGGGUCACGCAGGUCAGUGCAAACAAGGUUUCCGACGUGUAUAAGUGCAUGAUUAAGGCGUACAGGGGGGCUAUGAAAUAUAAUCAAGUGCCAAAUGAAAAAAAGUUGUUGCUUGUUAUAAUUUUCAGAAGAUAUUAAUUAACAACUAAAAAAUUUGACCAUAACUAAAAAUUCCUCCAUUAAAAUAAUUAUUCCAAAUAUUUCAAUGGCAUGAACAUAGUGUUACACACUGUUCCUGAGGUCACCCCUUACUUUUAUAACAUAGUUUUACUUAGGUUAGCCUACUUUUGCCACCUGAGGUCAUGGCCUCCUUUUAACAUUGCCAUUUAAGAAUUAGACCCUUGAGCCAUAUAAAUACAAAAUGCUAAAAAUCAAAAGGUAACCUUAAUUUUAAACCAGAUUUUAAACAUCAAGAAGUAAAUAUGUUAUAAUGAAAUGUAUAUCAUGUAAUAAUCUUGAUGGUGAUAUGUUUACAUUGGUGCUGGCUCUUUAGAUUCAGUGAUGUUUAUUACAGAUUGGGUUUGAAGACUAUGCUCCCAAGUUCCGUGAGUCCCGUGUGGAUGGUGACAUCCUUCUUAUCACAACCGAUGAUGAUUUACAUCACGGGCUGGGGAUGGACUCAAGUAUAGUCAGGAAAAGGUGAGGUACAGCUUUUAAAGAAAUUAGCUUGAACUUAUAUUAUGAUGACCCGUGUGUGCCAAUGAUUGGUCAAGUAGCUAAUUUAAUUGAAAAAAUUCUAAUUUGUAAAAAAAAUGUAAAAAUCAUAUACCAGCCAUAUUAAAAUAGGUAAUACCAUAUCAGCCAUAUUAAACUAGGCUUUGCUGUCAACAGAUGGUUUCCACCCAACACCAUAGACCAUAACUCAUGUUGUAUGUGCCUUUAAUCUAGUUUUUAACAAAAUAAUCUCUAAGUAAAUAAAUGGUAUCAUAUUGAAAUAGAAACCUACUUUAAGUUUUAGGAAUUUAUAAAGAGAAGGCAUCAGGCAAGGUUUAAAAAAAAAAGUGAAAACUGCAAGUACAAGUUAUGUCUUAGUUUAAAAAGAGACACACUAAAACAAACCAAAAUGUACAGACUAUAUGUAAAAGAUUGUUUCAGCUGGCAACAAGGCUAAAAACUAAAAAUAAAAUUUAAAAAAAAAAAAAAUAAACCUAGUUUGUAAUCUAUUGGCACUUUGCCAUGAACCUAGUUUGUAAUCUAUUGGCACUUUGCCAUGAACCUAGUUUGUAAUCUAUUGGCAAUUUGCCAUGAACCUAGUUUGUAAUCUAUUGGCACUUUGCCAUGAACCUAGUUUGUAAUCUAUUGGCACUUUGCCAUGAACCUAGUUUGUAAUCUAUUGGCACUUUGCCAUGAACCUAGUUUGUAAUCUAUUGGCACUUUGCCAAGAACCUAGUUUGUAAUCUAUUGGCACUUUGCCAUGAACCUAGUUUGUAAUCUAUUGGCACUUUGCCAUGAACCUAGUUUGUAAUCUAUUGGCACUUUGCCAUGAACCUAGUUUGUAAUCUAUUGGCACUUUGCCAUGAACCUAGUUUGUAAUCUAUUGGCACUUUGCCAUGAACCUAGUUUGUAAUCUAUUGGCACUUUGCCAUGAACCUAGUUUGUAAUCUAUUGGCACUUUGCCAUGAACCUAGUUUGUAAUCUAUUGGCACUUUGCCAUGAACCUAGUUUGUAAUCUAUUGGCACUUUGCCAUGAACCUAGUUUGUAAUCUAUUGGCACUUUGCCAUGAACCUAGUUUGUAAUCUAUUGGCACUUUGCCAUGAACCUAGUUUGUAAUCUAUUGGCACUUUGCCAUGAACCUAGUUUGUAAUCUAUUGGCACUUUGCCAUGAACCUAGUUUGUAAUCUAUUGGCACUUUGCCAUGAACCUAGUUUGUAAUCUAUUGGCACUUUGCCAUGAACCUAGUUUGUAAUCUAUUGGCACUUUGCCAUGAACCUAGUUUGUAAUCUAUUGGCACUUUGCCAUGAACCUAGUUUGUAAUCUAUUGGCACUUUGCCAUGAACCUAGUUUGUAAUCUAUUGGCACUUUGCCAUGAACCUAGUUUGUAAUCUAUUGGCACUUUGCCAUGAACCUAGUUUGUAAUCUAUUGGCACUUUGCCAUGAACCUAGUUUGUAAUCUAUUGGCACUUUGCCAAGAACCUAGUUUGUAAUCUAUUGGCACUUUGCUAAGAACCUAGUUUGUAAUCUAUUGGCACUUUGCCAUGAACCUAGUUUGUAAUCUAUUGGCACUUUGCCAUGAACCUAGUUUGUAAUCUAUUGGCACUUUGCCAUGAACCUAGUUUGUAAUCUAUUGGCACUUUGCCAAUUCAUGUUGUUUUUACUCAGAGUUGGAACCAAAUUUUUCUGCAAACAAUAUUUUAUCUCUAUCUUUUAAAGCUGUGACAUAACAUGUACUAUAUGCUUCCUUAAAUUUUUUUAGGGAACCACAUAAAAUUAUUUCAAAAUGAAUUACUACAGGUUAUAAUGAUUCUUUGAAGGUUUGCCAGGGAGCUGAAAUCUCUGAAGAUCACAGCGGACUAUUCGAUCAGCGACACCACGGGCCUGGACAACUGGCUCAUGUCCAUCAAUCCAGAGCUAUCUCAGUACACCUACUGGAUGCUGCGCCAGGGGGUGGACAAGUUUGAGCUGCGGUCCCUGACUGAGGAGGAGCUGAAAGUUGAGUGCGGCAUCCAGAACAGUAUACACAGGCGGCAGAUCCUGGUUCACAGAGAUGGUAAUUCCGGAACCGGUUAGGCUUAGCAGUUAUUAUCUCUUAUUAGCAAAUAUCCAUUAAAUAAAACAUGUUUGAGAUAGAAAACAUAUAACUUUUCUGUGUAUAGUUUUUAUUUUUUUAGUGUCAAAUUUUAAAUUUGACCCAAUGAAAUUAUCAUAAAAUAAAGGUUUUAUUGUAUUUUUUUUAAAAAUCUUAAAGGCCAAGUCAUAUUUUUAUCCAAGUGGCUAUUCGGCCGUGUCCGCGAAGUUAGAGGUUGGGAUUAAAAUUUAAAAUAGAAUAUUAUUGUUAGGUUGUAAGACUAAAUUUGGUAUAAAGAUAAUUGAAUGGAUUAUAUGUUUGUAAACUUACUUCUUCAGUUUAACUAAAAUAAACUACCACAAAUGACAUCCGAAUAGCUUGAGUCUAAUGGGACCCGGGUCCGAAUAGCGGCGAUGCGUUUCUGGUUCCAUUUUGACUAAAUUCUAUUCGGAUGUCAUUUGUGGCAGUUUAUUUUAGUUAAACUGAAUAAGUAAGUUUACAAACAUAUAGUCCAUUCAAUUAUCUUUCAUUUGAUACCAAAUUUUGUCUUACAAACCCUACAAUGAUUUUUUAAUUAACCCAUACUCUCAACGGGUCAGAAUAGCCGCAUCCUAUUUUUAUUUAAAUUAAUAGAUAUACUUGUAAAAGAAUAAAAUUUAUUUUAAGAAAAAAAAAGAUAUAUUUGCUUUUAAUCAAUGUCCUAAACGUGACAGACGGGCAUUUAAGAAAAAUGUCUGUUGGAAAUGGCAUUUUUUGUAUAAAGAUAUCAAAACAUGUCAUGUGCUCAUUUUUCAGAACUAGCAAGUCCAGAGGCACCCAGUCUUUCUCACCACCACCAAUACCUGCCAGCCAUUGAUCCCAGUCUAAGUGUCAAUCUCACCAGUCUGAGAUCAAUCGAUGUCUUCAUUUGUUAUAGAAGAUCCAGUGGUUCUCAGCUUGCCAGGUGCUCACACGUUCAUAUUGAAAUUGCUGUCAUAAAAUAAAACUUGUUAGGAUGGGGUUUGCAACAAAAUUAAAAAAAAAAAUUAAUUAUGCUUUGAAAAUGAAGGUUUAACAUGACACCAACCAAAGUGAUGGGAUAGAAGAGAGACAAGCCUUCAGUUUUAAACCUGGAUAACAGCAAAGUGUUAUUUACAGAGAUAUCUAACCAUUGUGUGUUAUUUACAGAGAUAUCUAACCAUUGUUUUACAUGCGGAGAGGAAAUAAGAUUAACCAACAUGAAUGAUGAGUUCAAUAAUCUGUUUUUUUGUUUUCCUCCACAGUUUGCUCAAGGUCCACCUUCAGCUACGUGGGUUUUCUGUCUUUCUAGACAUAGACAGACUCCGAGCAGGAAAGUUUGAUGAGAACCUGUUGUACAGUAUUCAGGUUUCCAGCCAUUUUAUUCUCAUUCUGACACCUGAUGCCCUGGAGAGAUGUAUAGGUAUUCUAAUGUGUGACCAUGUCUGUCUAAUUCAUCACAGAGCUGCCGAUAAAUGGGGUUGUUUGACACGCAGCAUCGGAAACUCUCUCACCAUUAGAAACCCUCUCACCAUCAGAAACCCUUUCACCAUCAGAAACCCUCUCACCAUCAGAAACUCACCAUCAGAUACCCUCUCACCAUUAGAAACCCUCUCACCAUUAGAAACCCUCUCACCAUUAGAAACCCUCUCACCAUUAGAAACCCUCUCACCAUCAGAAACCCUCUCACCAUUAGAAACCCUCUCACCAUCAGAAACUCACCAUUAGAAACCCUCUCACCAUUAGAAACCCUCUCACCAUUAGAAACCCUCUCACCAUCAGAAACCCUCUCACCAUUAGAAACCCUCUCACCAUUAGAAACACUCUCACCAUCAGAAACCCUCUCACCAUCAGAAACCCUCUCACCAUCAGAAACCCUCUCACCAUCAGAAACCCUCUCACCAUCAGAAACCCUCUCACCAUUAGAAACCCUCUCACCAUUAGAAACCCUCUCACCAUCAGAAACUCACCAUUAGAAACCCUCUCCGUCCAUUAGAAACCCUCUCACCAUCAGAAACACUCUCACCAUCAGAAACCCUCUCACCAUCAGAAACCCUCUCACCAUUAGAAACCCUCUCACCAUCAGAAACUCCAAUUAGAAACACUCUCACCAUCAGAAACCCUCUCACCAUCAGAAACCCUCUCACCAUCAGAAACCCUCUCACCAUCAGAAACCCUCUCACCAUCAGAAACCCUCUCACCAUCAGAAACCCUCUGACCAUUAGAAACCCUCUCACCAUUAGAAACCCUCUCACCAUCAGAAACUCACCAUUAGAAACCCUCUCACCAUUAGAAACCCUCUCACCAUUAGAAACACUCUCACCAUCAGAAACCCUCUCACCAUCAGAAACCCUCUCACCAUCAGAAACCCUCUCACCAUCAGAAACCCUCUCACCAUUAGAAACCCUCUCACCAUCAGAAACUCCAAUUAGAAACACUCUCACCAUCAGAAACCCUCUCACCAUUAGAAACCCUCUCAACCAUCAGAAACCCUCUCACCAUCAGAAACCCUCUCACCAUCAGAAACCCUCUCACCAUCAGAAACCCUCUCACCAUCAGAAACCCUCUCACCAUCAGUGUCUGUGGUUGUCACAGAUCUUACCCGGCAAUGUCCUAUUAUGAAUGGGUUUUGUAGUUCUGCCAAGCCUGAUGUUUUGUAGUUCUGCCAAGCCUGAUGUUUUGUAGUUCUGCCAACCCAGCCUGAUGUUUUGUUGUUCUGCCAAGCCUGAUGUUUUGUAGUUCUGCCAACCCAGCCUGAUGUUUUGUUUGACAAAGCUGCACAUGAAAACUCUUAGGAUAUACUUUUUUUAAACAGAAAAUUGUUGUAAAACUGGUUUUGAAAAAAAAAACAAUUUAAAAAAUUAGUUUCAGUUGACUAAUCCUCACAUCACAUCGCACAAACAAGAUGGCAUUUAAAUUUGUUAAUGUAGUUUUCAAAGAUUGUUAUUUUGUCUCCUUGCCCAGUGACUGUAUUACACCUCCUUUCCCUCCCCCCCCCCCCUCUUUCUCCUGAUCCUUUUUCACAACGUAUAGCAUAGCCAUGUUUUUAAUGUUUCUCACUGACUUUUUAGUUGUAAUGGUCCCCUCUCCUCCCUAAACUGAAACUUUUUUUUGACCCUGGCGUUGUCAGCCGUUACUAAAGCUGAAUGAUGACAUCUUUUUAUUUUCUUCUAAAGUUUGUAUCACAAAGGUCUAAAAAAAACCAAAAAAACAAAGUGGAUUGUUUUGUGUUCCCAGGAGAUGAUACCCAAGAGGACUGGGUCCACAAAGAGAUAGUCGCUGCCCUUGAAACCAACUGUAACAUUGUGCCCAUAGUGGACAACUUUGAGUGGCCUCCCUUGGAGAAGCUGCCAGCUGACAUGAGGGGUGUGGUUAGAUUCAACAGUGUCAGGUUAGGCUUUAAGUGGACUUAAAAUGUUACGCAAGGCUACAGAAUCUGCACUAAGUUAAAUACCAAUUUAUUAAAAUAAAAUCUGAUGAACAACCAAAAGCUGCGAUCCCUGUUAGUGGAACGUAUCCAACAGGGCCUUAAACCACUAGCAUCUUCAAGAGAGAGAACCUUAGUACGUUGUAAAUAAAAUACAGUAAUAUAUUAUUUCUUAAGUCCAAUCCAGUGCUGUUAUUACAAAACUUUGAAGAAAUGUUGAUUUUAAAAAACUUGCUUAUAGUGACACUAAUUAUAAAAAGUGUUGGACCGCGAUAAAGCUUAUAGUGAUAGUGUGUAAACAAUAAGUGUUGUCGCAAUGUUAAGAAAAAAAUCUCUUUCAUUUUAUUUUCUACCAAAUGGCGGCCCUGGCUGAAUUAACUGAACAUUUUUUAAUGGCCCAAACGUCCAUGAAACUUACUAUGCAGCAUGCCACAUUAACAAGCGAAAAUAAUUCUUAAAAAUGAUACUUGCAUUCAGUUUAUCAUCAGUAAGAAUUCAUCUUAUAUUUUAUUGUUAAUACUUUUGGAAUAAAAUGCUGUUUUUUGUAAAAACUCACGCACCGCCUCUGUUGGGUGUUACUGGGGGUUGCUUUUUGCAUUCUGGUAACAUUAUCUUCACAUAUAGCAUUACCAAAAGGCAGGCAACAACAAUUUUUGAAGUGAAAACAGGUUCUCAGAUUAUUAAGAUUUAAGAACCAAGCAAUAGAUUAAAACAUAUCUCCUCCAAUUCUUCCAUAAACGCACUGAAGAAAUAAAGUAUUGGUCUUAAAGGCCAACUAGGUCACUGAUACAAAUUACGAUUUCUGUUAAUGGAAUACAGUUUUUAUUCCCUUUUUUUUGUUUUUUGGUGCUCAUGUCUGAUAUAGUGUUUCAUAAUUGUUUCUUCACUGCGGCAGGUGGGUCCAUGAAUACCAAGAUGCCUGCGUUGACAAGCUUGAGACAUUCCUUCGCAGAGGCCGCCGUGUCUCUCAGCAGGUCCACAACACCCUGUCGCCACUGCACACCUCUGAGCCACCGUUCUCACCUGACACCCCAUGUAAAUCCUCGAGCUAUCACAAUCUCCUUGAUCUAAUACCAUCUUGAUCUAAUACCAUCUUGAUCUAAUGCCAUCUUCAUCCCAGAAUGGUUUUUUUUGGGUUUUUUUUGGAUUGAACAGCAUCUGGAUAAUGCAGUCUUCUGGAUUGUAUACCCUCGGGAUCACACGAUCUUGUGAAUUUUAAAAAAAUCAAGCUGACCCUCUGCAUUCUACCUUGACCCUCUACAUUCUACCUUGACCCCUGCUUUCUAAAUUGAUGAUCGGAUUCUACAUUAACCCCUGGAUUCUACAUUGACCCUUGAACUCUAC